GGUUAGAUGAUUCUAAGUGAACAGGUUGUCACUAAAUAAUAUUUUGUCACUAAAUUUUUUUGACAAAUUCAUAUCGUCUGGUUGUUUAAGAAUAAUCUGUUUUGAAUGGAUGAUCAUACAGCAAACCGACUCCAAGAGGAAUUAUUCUUGACUGUCGGGAAUAAUGACACAGUCGCAGCAGAAAGAAUUUUACAAGAGUUUGUGUCAUCAGAGGACAGCUACAGUGAACGACAGCUGAUAAGUAUAGAGCACUGUCAAGCAGCUCUAAGAAAGAAAUGUCUACCAAUGGUAAAAUUAUUGCUAUCCAGAGAUGCAAGCGAUUUUCUUUUCAACUACUUUCAUGAACAACUGAUGAGGGCUGCAGUAAAAUCUGAUUUCAUGGAGGGUGUCCAAUUCCUCCACUCUAAAGGAGUGCCUCUUUAUUAUUCAAAAUCUCGAGCAACUAACAACUGGAGCGUCUUCAUUGACUGCAUCAAAAACAAUAAGCCCGAGGUCUUAAAAUAUCUUCUUGACCUGAAAUAUUCAGAUACAAAACCUAACACAGAGGAGACAUUAUUUAUGUUAUCUAGCGAGAAACCAAUGGAGGAAAGUUUGGUGUAUUUAUUGAACAGUGAACUAAUAAAAACUUUUAUUGAACAGUCCAUGACACGUCUACAUGAUACUGAUGAAAGGACGCGGGACAUUGUUCUUGAGUGUGUCAAAUUAAUGGUGGAAGCAGGGUCUCACCUUAAUCUGGAAGACAGUAAUGGUAAAACCCCUGUCCAACUGGCAGCUGAACAUGGUAUGGUAACAACGGUAACUUAUUUGGCACAAAAAGGGGCUAGUCUCGACAUUAAACAACAUCAUACUAACCUUCUUCAUUGUCUUGCAAAGAGUAAAGCAAAGUUAGAAUCGGAUUCAUAUGAUGAAUGUCUUCAACUAUUAAUGAGGAAAGGUGUGGAUAUAAAUCAACUCAAUUCAUCUAACGAAACCCCACUGUCUUUAGCAGUUGUAAAUCUUAAUGAAGGAAUGGUGAAGUCCUUAAUUACUGCACAUUGUGAUGUCAAUAUGAAGGUAGGUGCGGACUUCCAACCCAUCUUAUCAACAGCAAUCGAAAAUAUAACUAUUGCUGACAUACUGAUUGACGCUGGCUGUGACAUAAACAUCACAGAUAAAAACGGCGUUACACCUUUAAUGGAAUGCUUGAAAUACGGAAAGCACCGCUUAGCUACACUACUUAUAAAUUGCUACAUGGCAAAUGUGAACGCUCAAGAUAACCAAGGAAGGUGUGUCUUGGAAUAUCCAUUUGAUUCGGUCUGUUAUGGCCUAUUGUCAUCAGUAGUUGUUCAUACGUUGAUAGAGGCCGGGGCUGAUAUUCACAAAAGGGGUGGUAUUCUGUUGAACAAAGCAGUUGGUCGUGGAGAUAAAAGAACGACAGUUUUACUUAUUGACAACGGCAUCGAUAUCAAGACGGAAGAUAACAUUGGAGAUAAACCCAUUGCGCUUGCCGCCGGAAACAAUGACAGAGAAUUGGUGACAUUGCUGAUAUCAAAGGAUUGUGAUAUAAAUCACCAAAACCACCAAGGAGAGACAGCCUUACACAAAUCUGCUUCACAUGGAUUUAGAGAUUUGAAUCGGCUUGAAGCCCGAUCAGGAAUUGAGCUGAUGCUGAAGAUUACGCCUGAUGUUAAUAAAUGGGAAAAAAUACAAACUCUCUUUAAUCGUAGUGACGGGCGAUUAGUUACAGAGAUCUUGUUGAAGUCUGGGGCUAAUGUUAAUCUGUGCGAUAAUAAUGGAAGGACGGCGUUGAUGCAAGCAGCAUUAACGUGUAACAGAUCUGUUUUACAAUGUUUACUGGAGGCUGGAGCUGAUGUUAAUAAAAUGGAUAGAGAUGGAAACUCUGUCUUACAUAACGUUAUGCUAGGUAAUAGAAUUUAUUAUCAUCAAGGUCGCGGUCGGGCAUGGGUCAACUGUCUAAAAUUACUUUUGAUCAAUAACUGUCACCGGUCUCUGGAUACUCGAAAUACAGAUGGAGAAACAUUAUUUGAAUCGUUAGUAUACAAAAAGGAAAUAGAUAUUUUAUGGUAUCUCGUUACAGAAAACUGUUCACUUACAGAUCCGGCUGUAUUUGUGUUCCAAAUGAAAUGUCAAUUUUCCGAUACAUUGAUGCUUUCCAAAAUUCUUUUCGAAAGUGGUGCAUCAAAGCCUUUAUUAGAGUAUUUAUUUCGGGGAUCGAGUUCAGAUGACCUCGUGCCGGGAAGAUCAGACGUUAUCAAACAACAACUGAAUGACUUCCGUGAUUUUUGUAAAUCGAGAAGUUUGGAGUCAAGAUGUAGAAGAGAAAUCAGGAAGUGUAUCGGAUCAUCAAUCAGACGUAAAAUAACUCAAGUUGGUUUACUAAAACACCUAGAAGAUUAUGUCAUCAUGAAGGAUUUGAUACCCGAGGAAUAUUUUACUCUUGUGAUAAACGAUGAAGAUGACGAUGAUCAAAAUGAUCCCCAUGAUCUUUUACGCAAACAUCUAAACGAUAGAGGCAUUUAUUUAGACUGAGCGUAUAAUCGUAUUUAUUUUAUUUUAUUUUGUUGUAUGUUAACUAGAUAAUCACAGCUAUAGGCUACAAUCUACUGGAUAACCAUAGCUUUUAUUGCCAACUGAAUACGUAGUAGCUAUUAGCACACUUUCCGAGGUGUAGCGGUGAAGAUCAGACUGUCCUGAUCUUCACCGAUACACCGAGGAAAGGAGCUAAUAAGUCACUUACAUCACAUGUCUAUCGACUAUUGUGAAGUGAAUUGUGAAAAAUUGUAUUUAUUAUCGAGUCGUGUCAAGCGAAAUGUGACAAAUACUUUCUGUUCUUUCAUUUAUCCUUUUCUGUGCCUCACGUUACAUUUCGUGGUAGACUGAUUUCGCAGUGGAGAAACGACCUGAGUAGUAUUUACACGUGCGUUUUGCUGCGUUACCCUGAGCGUAAAAUAGUCCGGUUUAUUUUUUAGACUGCACUCCGUAUUGAACGACGAAGUUGUUUUGACGAAGCCGGUGAACAUAGAGCCAACCACAUCGUCAAAACAACUGGUCCCUGGCGUAGAUGACUGCAAUUAUAUUAAACGUAAUGUAAAGGACACUGCACAACGUGGUUCAAUCAUGAUGAAGUGUGCAUCGGCGGAUGGUUCGUCAGUUGAAAUUUAUUUGUAUUAAAAUUUAUGACUUUCUAGGCGUUUAGUGUUUGUUUGUCGGAAAUGAACAGUAGUCUUUCUGGAAAGCGUACUGUUCAUUUCUGAUACACGGAUACUUUUAUGCCUGUAUUGGAAAUAGAUAGGACAGUUUUAUCAAAGUUUGCCACUGGCAACGAGGUAGAAGUGGGAUGUAAUCGUUAACAUUUACCGUAUGCUGUAUUGUAGUAUGCUGUCCGAAAGCGGACAUAUGUAAUGCGAACUGUUCGAGUUAUUGUCCUUGCCUAGGAAAUCCUGUAAUCAUGUUGCAGUUGAAUCAUUAGCGUAGAUUUAAAAGCAAUCCAUAAGUAUUAUGUUGUACAAGUUUUCAUUCAAUUUCGUAGUUGCUGUAUUUAUACUUCUAAUAAAUAAAUACCGAAAAUGUAA